AUGAGUAUCCGCAUGCUUUGUGAGUUUCGUGAGCUGCCCCGCCGUGCCCUGCUGGCCGCCCUCUUCACCGUCGAAGGCGCGGGAGCCGCGGGCGCGGCGGAGGCCAAGACGGUGCUGGUGGCGGGCGCCACGGGGCAGACGGGGCGACGCAUCGUGGAGCGCUUGGCCAAGCAGGGAGGCCUCGCGGUGAUUGGUGGAGUACGUGAUGUGACCAAGGCAAAGAGCGAGCUGGGCAAGAGUUCCAUCGCCAUUCGCGGGGCGAUGGUCGAUGAGGUGAAGGCAGUGGAUACCAAGGGGGUUGAGCUGAAGACCCUGGACGUGGCCAAGGACGCAGUGGACACCCUGGCGGCGACGCUCACGGGCACGGACGCGCUGAUCAUUGCCACGGGCUUCGUCCCGGGCAAUCCCUUCGCGAUGAAUGCGGAGGCGCAUGCGGUAGAUAACCUGGGCACCAAAGCCUUGGUGGACGCGGCCAAGAAGUCGGGCGUCAGCAAAAUUGUCCUGGUCUCGUCGAUUUUGACCAACGGCCGCGGCUGGGGACAAGAGAACAGUCCUGGCUUCCAGGUCACCAAUGCUUUCGGCCAGGUGCUGGACGAGAAACUGGAAGCUGAAAAGUACCUGAGAGCUUCUGGCAUUGACUACACCAUCGUCAGGCCCGGAGGGCUCAAGGCCAGUGCUCCUGCUGGAGGCUUAGUGGUGUCUAAAGAGGACACACUGAACAGCGGAGAGAUCAGCCGAGACCUCGUGGCGGACGUCAGCAUUGCGGCGGUCUUUGACUCAAAGGCGUCCAACAAGGUCGUUGAGAUUAUCGAGGAUGAGAACAUUCAGCAGCCCUCAAAGGACAAAUGGUUUGCGUCGAUAUAG